CGCUCCACGAGAGGGUACGAGGGAUUCGGGCCGCCAAAAAAACAACUUCGCUGUCGGAACCAGGCACGGCGGAACAGGCGAUUGGGGAGGCAGACGUAUUCCCCGCAAGGCCCCGCAGGUCCUAGCCAAUCACCGCCGAAGCCAAGCUGCUGCCUGCUUCGUGCUGGUCCCGCGAGGCGCCGAGCGGAAAGCUUCGGGCCGUUCCCGCGGCCGAGAUGUCGACCAAGAAUUUCCGCGUCAGCGACGGGGACUGGAUCUGUCCCGACAAAAAGUGUGGAAAUGUUAAUUUUGCUAGAAGAACCAGCUGUAACAGAUGUGGUCGAGAGAAAACUACAGAAGCUAAAAUGAUGAAAGCUGGAGGGACUGAAAUAGGGAAGACACUUGCUGAAAAGAGCCGUGGUCUCUUUAGUGCUAAUGACUGGCAGUGUAAAACAUGUGGUAAUGUUAAUUGGGCCCGGAGAUCAGAAUGCAAUAUGUGCAACACUCCAAAGUAUGCCAAACUUGAAGAAAGAACAGGAUAUGGUGGGGGCUUCAAUGAAAGAGAGAAUGUUGAAUAUAUAGAGCGUGAAGAGUCAGAUGGGGAAUAUGAUGAGUUUGGUCGCAAAAAGAAAAAAUACAGAGGGAAACCUGUUGGUCCUGCAUCUAUCUUAAAGGAAGUUGAAGAUAAGGAAUCUGAAGGGGAAGAAGAGGAGGAUGAGGAUGGAGAUCUGUCUAAGUAUAAAUUAGAUGAGGAUGAAGAUGAGGAUGAUGCUGAUCUCUCUAAAUAUAAUCUUGAUGAUAGUGAAGAAGAAGAUUCUGCCAAUAAGAAGAAAUCUUCCAUGGCUAGGCGCAGUCGUUCCAAAUCUCGAUCUUCGCCUUCACGAUCUUCAUCUCGCUCAUCCUCCCGCUCAAGCUCAAGGUCUAGGUCCAGGUCAAGAAGCUCUUCCAGUUCAAGGUCAAGGUCUCAUUCCACUUCCAGAGAACGUUCUAGAUCUCGUGGGUCGAAAUCCAGAUCCAGCUCCAGGUCCUCAGGGGUUCUUCAACCCCAAGGAAAAGAUCUUACUCAAGCUCUCAUUCAUCAUCCUCCCCUGAGAGAAGCAGAAAGAGAAGUCGAUCUAGAUCUUCUUCUGGUGAUCGCAAAAAAAGGCGAACAAGAUCACGGUCACCUGAAAGAAACCGCAGGUCAUCAUCUGGAUCUUCUCAUUCUGGAUCUCGUACAAGUUCCAAAAAGAAGUAACGUGUAAAACUCAGACACACACACGAAAAAAAUAACAGUCCAUUGCAUGAGUCAAUUUAAAGAAGUUGGUGUUUUAUUUGGUCAGAAAUGAUACAUCCUGCUAAUAGAGAUGCAUGUUUAAUGGAAAACUGCAGCUAGUUUAAUUCAUAAAACAUGUAAUGAAAUAUUUUAAGCCAUAAAUUGAUCCUAGAAAGGAAAAUACGUUAUUUUUGUUUAAUUGGGUUUACCUUUUUAACAGGUAGCCCUAAUUUAGUCGUCUUUGAGAGGUUAGCUUGCCAAGUACCAGCCUGUUUGUUGCUGUGUCCUCAUGUAAAUUUCACACUCUGGUUUCUGAAAAAGUCUAGUUUAUUUUGUCAUUUUAGUAGGCAGGAGUGUAUAUCAGUUUCAGAGUAGAAUAAUUCUUUAGAGGGAUAACUUUUUUCUUCUAUGUUUGUGAUUUCUGACUGAGAAGAAACCUAUUAGUUAUUUCCUGGGUAUUUUGCAAAGAAAGCAAAGCUUUCAGUAUAAUUUUAUGCACCGUUUUGUAGUGUGAAUAUUAUAUAAGGCACAUAACAUAGAAUGUAUUUAAUUUGUGAUUCUGUAGUCUUUCAUUCUUUAUUGACUCAGCUAAUUAAUAGCUGUGCUUCCGCUGCAGAUGAAAUAUGGAAAGAAAUGUAUUUCUCUCAGGCAAGGCUUCUGUGUCUCCUUUAUGUUACCCCCCCCCCUCUCCCCAGCACACACUUGAAGCUAGUGUUACUUGGUCAAACUAUAACAACUAUUAAGAAAAAGUAGGUAUGUAUAAAACCUGCCAUUUCAGUGAUUUUCCAGAAGAUAAUUUUCAGAACCAGAAGUGGUUUGUGGUGUUGUGGCAAUAGUCCAAUAUAGACCUGUUUUGACCAGAAUACCAUCUCUGGAAAACCACAAACUACUGGCUUGGUGAAUUAACAUGUAUAAAGCAGCCAGAUUGGUAUGAUCUGGAGAAUAGUACAAAGGAGUAGAAAUCCUAAAAUCUCAAAUCUGUUUGACCUAAUUUAUGGCUUAAAAUGUUUCAUUUUCACUUUUGUUUUACUAUCAAAUGUAUUUGUUAAGUACUGACCAUUCUUAAACUGGUUGGGGAAAAUGUAUAUGUCAUCUUCAGUCACAUCCAAGGUAAGUAUGUUAAGGGAAAUAAACAAGUCUAGGGAAUAAGCAGUAUGCCUUCAGUAUCUCGCAUUUUGGAAGAUCUGCUUCGUAAAACAAACUGCACAAUGGCAAAUGGAGCAGAACUGCCAUCUUAUUUUUUCCUUUUAUGAACAUCUUAAAUUUGGUGGGGGCAGGACUUAUCAAAGACAUGGCAAAAAGGCUUUGCUGUGCAAAUAUUUUGGAUAAAUUUUUCAGAAAAAAAAUGCCUUGUAAUCCUGUAUUGCUUCCUCUUAGGUAUCCUCUUUCUUGCGCUAAAUGUAGCAUAGAUUGCACAAGUACAAAUAGUCUUGUAACUGUGCCUCUCUCUGACUUUUUGAAAGUCUGUCUAAAAAUGUGAAAAACAGAUUUGCUAAAUGCUACGUGUUAACAGUUAGCUAUACUUGUGCUUUUAUUUACCGUAUUGUACCUAACAAGUUUUAAUCUUGGCAUAUGAUAGGCUAGAAUGACUAAGGGAAAAUUAUGGGUUUCACUUGGCUUGGAUUUAAAUUGUAUUAGUUAUAUGAAGAUCCAAUUCUGUGGACAUGUAAAUAAAGCAUGCCAGUUAAAA